AUGGUUUUUCAUGUGGAAGGGUUGAUAGCUAUCAUUUUGUUCUACUUGGCCAUCCUGUUUGUUGGAAUAUGGGCUGCUUGGAAGACAAAAAACAGUGGGAGUGAUGGAGAUCGUCGUGAAGCUAUUAUAGUUGGUGGAAGAGAUAUUGGCUUGCUAGUUGGUGGAUUUACCAUGACUGCAACCUGGGUAGGAGGCGGUUAUAUCAAUGGAACAGCCGAGGCAGUGUAUAUUCCAGAUGUUGGACUAGCCUGGGCUCAGGCACCCAUUGGGUAUUCGCUUAGCCUCAUUGUAGGUGCCACCAUAAGUGUGAUAAUUGACAUCAGCAUCACCUUUUCAGUUAUUAUUUCUGCCUCCAUUGCCACUCUGUACACCUUAAUUGGAGGACUUUAUUCAGUAGCUUACACUGAUGUGGUCCAGCUGUUCUGCAUUUUCUUAGGACUGUGGAUCAGCAUCCCAUUUGCCUUGUCCCAUCCUGCAGUAACAAACAUUGGGUACACAGCUGUGCAUGAAGUAUAUCAAAAACCCUGGCUUGGAUCCAUUAAAUCACCUGACGUAUACAUAUGGCUUGACAAUUUCUUCUUACUGAUGUUAGGAGGAAUCCCGUGGCAAGCCUAUUUCCAGCGAGUCCUUUCUUCUUCAUCAGCUACGUAUGCACAAAUACUCUCUUUUCUGGCAGCUUUUGGGUGUCUUAUAAUGGCAAUACCUCCAGUGCUCAUUGGUGCCAUUGGUGCAUCAACAGAUUGGAACCAGACUGAAUAUUUUGGUCAAGACCCCAAAACUCAAAAUAAAAGUGACAUGAUAUUACCAAUCGUCCUUCAAUAUCUUUGUCCAGUGUACGUUUCAUUCUUCGGCCUUGGGGCAGUGUCUGCUGCUGUAAUGUCCUCUGCUGACUCUUCCAUUUUAUCAGCAAGUUCUAUGUUUGCACGGAAUAUAUACCAGCUUUCAUUUCGGCAAACUGCUUCAGACAACGAAAUAGUUUGGGUCAUGCGAAUUACCAUUUUUGUGUUUGGAGCUGCAGCAACAGUGAUGGCUCUGCUAGCUCAAUCCAUAUAUGGUCUCUGGUACCUCAGCUCUGACUUGGUUUACAUCAUCAUCUUCCCCCAACUUUUAUGUGUUCUUUUUAUCAAAGGAACAAAUACUUAUGGUGCCAUUGUAGGAUAUUUAUUUGGGCUCCUACUUCGAAUUACUGGAGGAGAACCUUAUCUAUCCUUACAGCCUUUGAUUUUGUAUCCUGGUUGGUAUCAUGAUGAUGAUGGAUAUGUUCAGAGAUUUCCUUUUAAGACAUUAGCAAUGCUUACUUCCUUCCUUACAAACAUUGCAGUGUCCUAUCUAGCAAAAUACUUAUUUGAAAGUGGCACUUUACCACCCAAACUAGACUUCCUUGAUGCUGUUGUUGCAAAGUACAGUAAAGAGAACAUGGACAAGGCUACUCUUGUGAAAAGUGACAAUAUUGUUUUAAAUGAACUGGCACCAGUGAACCCUCGACACAGUUUGACUCUGAGCUCUACUUUUACAAAUAAAGAGGCCUUCAGCGAUAUGGAUUCAAGUCCAGAGGUAUCCUCUGCAGAGGAGAAAUGACAACAACCCAGAUGAAGAGAAAUACUGCUUUUGCCUCACCCAUAGCGCAACAGGGUACGUUGCCAUGGGAAAUUAAAUGUAGCUUGGGAAGAAAUGGAUGGAGAGAAAAAAAAACCCACUACCAUGCAGCUCUUUUAGUUUGUUUCUUGAAAGAGGAAUAGUUUGGAUUAAACUCUCAUACAGU